CUCCACCUUACGUAGAAAUAGUAAUCUUAUUUUAAAAGUUUAUUUUGACAAAAGGAAAUUAGAACUUAGCCAAUUAUCUCUCAAUCUCUCUCUUACUCUCUAACUUUGGAGUUUCCUUCCCUCCAUAAAUACCGAACCUCACUCCUUCUUCCUCCACCAUUCUCAUCUCCAAACAAACCUAACUCUUUCUCUAUACAAGAGCGCAACCUCGAAAGCGCUCUUGUUCUUUCUUCAUUUUCUCCUUAAGAAUCAUCCUCAUAGUAAUUUUAGAACUCUCCUUUUUAGUAAAUUACACUCAAAAUGGCUAUUAAACUAGCAAUUCUCUUUACCACAUUUGUCCUUUUUAGCCUCGCCGACGCUAGAAUUCCCGGCGUCUACUCCGGCAGCGCAUGGCAAAACGCACACGCCACUUUUUACGGUGGCAGCGACGCCUCCGGCACAAUGGGAGGAGCUUGUGGUUACGGUAACCUAUACAGCCAAGGCUAUGGUACCAACACGGCAGCUUUGAGCACGGCGCUGUUUAACAAUGGUAUGAGUUGUGGAGCCUGCUUUGAGCUAAAAUGCGCCAAUGACCCUCAAUGGUGCCACUCAGGUAGUCCUUCGAUCCUCAUCACCGCAACCAAUUUCUGCCCACCAAACUUGGCUCAGCCUAGCGACAACGGAGGAUGGUGCAACCCGCCACGUGAACAUUUCGAUCUAGCCAUGCCUGUCUUCCUCAAGAUCGCUCAAUAUCGUGCGGGCAUUGUCCCCGUCUCAUACCGCAGAGUGCCUUGUAGGAAGAGAGGAGGGAUAAGGUUCACAAUCAACGGUCACCGUUACUUCAACUUGGUUCUGAUCACUAACGUGGCUGGAGCAGGAGACAUCGUGAGGGCAAGUGUGAAAGGUUCACGGACUGGUUGGAUGAGUUUGAGCAGGAACUGGGGACAAAACUGGCAAUCUAAUGCUGUUUUGGUUGGUCAGUCACUUUCUUUCCGCGUCACAGGCAGUGACCGUAGAACAUCUACUUCCUGGAACAUGGUUCCUUCUAACUGGCAGUUUGGUCAAACCUUUGUCGGGAAGAAUUUCAGGGUUUAAGGCGAGUUUCGAGAAGCAAAAAUUUGGAGGAAAUCGAAAAAUUAAAGUGGUUCGAGACAAAAGAAAACUCUCCGCUAAUUUCGCUAUUCCUCCUUUUUUUUCUAAAUUUUAUAUAUGGGAAGGAGAGAAAAAUCAGGGGAAAGUAUCUUUGACUUUUGUGUGUGUUUUCACUUUUUUUUUUAAUGUUCUUUUUUUUGGGUUUGGUGUUGUAAUUGUGAGUGAUACAAGGGAAAUGGGGGGAGAGAAAGAGAAAGUGAGUAGCUGAAGAGGCUGUGAGAAAAUUUUGUAACAGCCCGCAGCUAUUAAAGUAUUUUACAUGUUUGGUUCUAAGUUACAACUUGUAACGUUUAAUCUCGUGUAAUCUUAAACAUGGUUGUGUUAUUGAUACUUAAUAGUUUAUACA